AGCUCCUCCGCUCACAUCCGCUCGACUCGCUAUUUGUGUUGGAAAAAGGACUUUGUGAAACUGCAGCGAUGUCAGUCCAGGUUGUGGCAGCGAAAAUGGCAGAGGUCGAACUCAAAGACGUCCCCAUCGGCAAAGACUUGCCGGCUGGUUCCCCGAUGACACCGACCUCGGAGGGCAAGAUCCUCGCCAGAAACGACCCGCACGAGGCCGGUUCCUCUGCCGCUGCUUCCCCUACAGCGGAGCCCUCCGCGAAAGCCGGGGAAGGCAGCCUGGGUUUGCUCACCCCGAACCCCACGAAGAUGCCGCAAGCGUCGGCUAUGAAGCGGUCGGACCCGCAGCAGAACGGCGGAGAGGCUUUUGUCAACCGUGACGGUACAGUUGCCGAAGCACCGCGGAUGAAAAAGAUCCAGUUUGCGGACCAGAAACAGGAGUUCAACAAGCGUCCCUCCAAGAUUGGCCGGCGCUCUCUGUCCCGCUCCAUCUCCCAGUCCUCCACAGACAGCUACAGCUCAGCGGCGUCAUACACGGACAGCUCUGACGAUGAGACAUCUCCUCGGGACAAACAGCAGAAGAACUCCAAAGGCAACGGAGACUUCUGCAUCAAAAAUAUCAAACAGGCCGACUUUGGACGCAGAGAGAUCGAGAUUGCCGAGCAAGAGAUGCCAGCCCUGAUGGCUCUGAGGAAGCGAGCCCAGGGGGAGAAACCCCUCGCCGGUGCCAAGGUGGUGGGCUGCACCCACAUCACCGCCCAGACUGCUGUGCUGAUGGAGACUCUGUCAGCUUUGGGGGCUCAGUGCAGAUGGGCAGCCUGCAACAUCUACUCCACCCAGAAUGAAGUGGCAGCUGCCCUGGCAGAGGGAGGUUUCAGUGUAUUUGCAUGGAAGGGUGAGUCAGAGGACGACUUCUGGUGGUGCAUCGAUCGCUGUGUCAACGUGGAAGGCUGGCAACCCAACAUGAUCUUGGAUGAUGGUGGAGACCUGACUCACUGGAUCUAUAAAAAAUACCCCAACAUGUUCAAGAAGAUCAAGGGCAUUGUAGAGGAGAGUGUCACCGGUGUGCACAGGUUGUACCAGCUGUCCAAGGCAGGAAAGCUGUGUGUUCCAGCCAUGAACGUCAACGACUCUGUGACGAAGCAGAAGUUUGACAACCUCUACUGCUGCAGGGAGUCCAUCUUAGACGGCCUGAAGAGGACCACUGAUGUGAUGUUUGGAGGCAAACAGGUGGUGGUGUGUGGAUACGGAGAGGUGGGAAAAGGCUGCUGUGCUGCCCUCAAAGCAAUGGGCUCCAUCGUCUACGUCACAGAGAUCGACCCCAUCUGUGCCUUGCAGGCGUGCAUGGAUGGCUUUAGGCUGGUGAAACUGAACGAAGUCAUCAGACAAGUGGACAUCGUCAUCACCUGCACAGGCAAUAAGAACGUGGUGGUGAGAGAGUACCUCGACCGCAUGAAGAAUGGAUGCAUUGUCUGCAACAUGGGACACUCCAAUACUGAGAUCGAUGUGGCAAGCCUGCGGACUCCUGAACUGACCUGGGAGAGAGUGCGCUCUCAGGUGGACCACGUCAUCUGGCCUGAUGGCAAGAGGAUAGUGCUGCUGGCUGAGGGUCGCCUGCUGAAUCUCAGCUGUUCCACUGUGCCCACUUUUGUGCUCUCCAUCACCGCCACCACCCAGGCUCUGGCUCUGAUAGAGCUGUACAAUGCCCCAGAGGGCCGCUACAAACAGGAUGUUUACCUGCUGCCCAAGAAGAUGGAUGAGUAUGUGGCCAGCCUACAUCUCCCUACGUUUGACGCACAUCUUACAGAGCUGACUGAUGAGCAGGCCAAGUAUCUGGGCUUGAACAAGAACGGGCCCUUUAAACCAAACUACUAUAGGUAUUAAACCAGUGUUGGGGUUGGAUGAAGAAAUACAAAUACAAUACAUGAAUCGCACAGAUUCAUAGAGGGAGAGGAGGAGGACAGAGGAAAGGAUGGACAGAAUAGUCAACACGCCUGCUUUAUAUUCGGAGGGGGGCUCUGACCAAGCCUGGGGGGUGGGGGUGGGGGCUUACCCUGCGCUUAUGGCAGUCGUUUUAUUUAUUCAUGCUCGACAAUAAUAAUGAUAACAUUAACUCUAACUCUGCCAUUCGCCACUAGCUAGCUCCCCGGCAUCUUUUUCUGGAAGAUGUUUUACUUCCCUUCUACUUGUCAUUUCACCAUCAUAAUCUCUUUCUCUUUAGGCGCUUAUUUGUGUGUCAAGUUGUAUGUACAUUCUCCAUCCUCCCUUCACUUUGCCAGAUCUUUUAUUGUUUAACUAUUAAAGAUGAAAUUAUUGAUGCUAAAAAGAUAUAUACUAUAUAAAACAAAAAACUUGAUUUAAAAAAAAAAAAUCUGUGUGAAUGGAGAUGACCUUUUGAAGAUUUAGUGACAGACAUUUUGUUCCUGUCCUUUUUUUUGUUGUCUUUUCUUUUCUACUUGUGAUCAUGUUUUUUGUUUUUCUCUUGUGUAAUAUUGCGAGGGUGGGGUUAGACCUAGUGGGAUGGGGUUAGGCGGGAUCUCAGGGUCCAAUCAUCAUGUCUUUUAUUUGAUUGUGUCAUUGCGAUUCACCGUUGUCUGUUUUUAAACAUUUUUUUAUGCAUUCUGUCCCUUCGGAUCAGCCUGUAGUUUGUAAUUUUUUUAAGUAUGACUGGAUGGUGACCGGUUCUUCCCACCUGUCACUCAAAGCCACAGUGAAACCAUCUCAUUGGCUGCUUUUUUCUCGGCUUCCAGCUGCUCACAAGACGCCAGUGUUGAAAUAAUGAAAAGUAUUUCAAGCUAGUGAGAGCUAACCUUUUCAUUUGGUCUUUUCCUUUACCAAGAAUGACUAUACAAGCAUGGCAGGUUGUCGAAUCAUUACAAGGGGUAUACUGUAUAUUUAGAUAUUUAUAUUGAAAUUAAGAUUUUUCUAUCUUUUCCUCUCCUGCGCCCUCUGAUAUCAUUACUUUUGGAAAAAAAAUCAACAUAUGUCAUAAAGAUAAGCAAUUAAAUGUUCUAAUGAUAAGUGUAAUAAAUGUACUAAACCCUCAUUUUGAAUACUGUGACAGAAAAUAUCUACAGAGAUACCAAAUGUGCAGCAAUUUGAUGCCAGGUACUUAAGCAGAUGUGUUCAAUCAGGUCCUCAUUGAAAAGUAUGGUGCUGUUAAGAUUUACUGUACUUACCAUACACACCACAACUCUUUGGUACUCACAGAUAUAGUCAAGGGGUUCAGCUUAAAAAAUACAGUCUGGGAUCUGAAUUCCACCAUGAUUUAUUUUCUUUCCAUCCAAGAAACACAUUUACCUUUCAUGGGGUUUUUCACCUUUUUUAAAGAUUUCCAAACAUGGCGUGCUAUCGAUAUUUUUUAGUUUCUUCUUCCCCACCUGAAAGGCUUAGAUUCUACCGGGAUAAUGAGCUGCACAGUCGUCAACCUCGGCAGCUCGUCCCCAGCUGACCCGACGGUGAAAAUUAGAAAGUCCUGACAGUCAUUUCACCUGACAGCCAAGUGCAGUCCCGCCGCUAUGCCGGCUCUGCACCUGAUCCAAUCAGAUUCUCUGUUAACCUGCUGAUAGAUGCUGCCAGCUCUACUCUCACAGAGAGGGAUCAAAGGCUUAAACACACACAUACAGUAGCUCAUUAUCCAGGUCUGAAAAUUUACUGUACUUUAUAUGGAAAAUAAAUGUGAUCAUUUUAUAGCUUUUGAACAGGAGGAGCACAAAAAGCUUUGUUUACCAGUUGAAUAAAUACAAAUAUGCCUACGUAUUUCAUGCAAUUUUGUUUUUGUGUGACAUUUUGAGUAAUCUCAUCACUGUACAUAAUAUUUAAUGCCAGCCAAAGUCUUUAAAGGAAUAGUUCGACAUUUUGGGAUAUGCCCUUAUUUGCUUUCUUGCAGAGAUUUGAGAAAACCACUCAUGCUGAUACGAUAAAUAUGUUGCUGAAGCCAGCUACCAGUUAGCUUAGUUAGCGUAAAGGUAAAAAGGUAACAAAAUCCAAGUACCAGCACCUCUAAAGCAAAUGAAACAAAACAGACGUAACAUGUCAAUUAGUGAGCUUUAAAGGUGCUUGUAGGUGGAUUUUGUUACCUUUGGAGAGAGCCAGGCUAGCUAUUUUCCUCUGCUUCCAGUCUUUAUGCUAAGCGAAGCUAACCAGUGGUUGGCCCCAUCUACAUAUUUACUGCAUAGACAUGAGUGGUAUUGAUCUUCUCAUCUAACUCUCGACAAGAAAGCGAAUAUAAGGAUAUUUCCCAAAAUGUCCUUCCUGAUAAAUUUGGUAAAAACACAUUAGUCUAAAGAAAUUGACAUUUUAAAGCUGUGUAGGAACCUCUCCGAUAAACCUAUAGUGUACGCCUAUAUGCCGCCAUGUAAUGACAAGAUCCUACACUGUGUCAUAGCCCAUGCAACCUCAAUGUUGCAUAUUUCCCUGCCAAUGUGUGUGCAUUUCUGUCUCCUUGUGCUGUUGAGAAUCCCCUCUUAUAGAAGUGUGACCUGUUGUCAGUGUAGUUAUUUUCCCCCUUUUGUAAGUGUGAAUGUGUGUUUAAAGAAUAUAUGACCUCUUGAGAGAAAGCUGACGUGAUUAUAGAUGAUGACGACGUGUGUGUGUGUGUGUGUGUGUGUGUGUGCCUACAUGUCUUUCUGUGUUUGUACACAUCCUUUUUUUGUAGGCAAUGGUUGCUUCGUUAACAGCUGCCUCAGGAUCCUAGCCUGUGCGUUAGGGGGAGAAACCUUUUAUUUUUUAUUUUAUUUUUUUUUUUGUCAGCUGUAAGUUGACCAACACAUGGGUGGGCGGGGGAUGACACCAGCAUCGUAUAUGUAUAUACAUACUAUAUACAGAUAUGACAACCUUUAAAAGUAUAGGAAGGUAAAAGAAGAAUCCACUCCUGUAUUUAUUGUUGUAAAUCCUCAUGCAGUGCAAACUGGCAAAAUUCUCAAACAUGUUUUAAGUUGUCUAAUAAAGAAAAAAAACCCUAUGUUUAAAUAUUGCAAGUGAUAAUGGUAGAUGAUGAGCAAUAAUAAAAAAAAAAAUCUGUAAUCUUAAUGAAUAAAGAUGUAAAAAAUUGUAA